AUGUUGGAAAAGAGGAUCAAGGCGUUUGGGCUGGACGGCAGGCUAGGGAACUAUCCCGCGAAGGCGACGAUCCGCACCCGAGAAGGUCAGACUCCGAUCGCAGAGCCGAUGCAAGGAGCCUCUCCUGCCAAGAAGGAGGUAAUGGACCAACAGAUAGACGCCUGGUUCGCGCAGGGAGUUAUCGAGCCCUCUAUCAGUCCCUGGAGCGCUCCAGUGGUGAUCGCCCUACCCGCAACGGGAAGGCUCGCUUC